GCGCUGUCUCCGCUCUGGGUCUCCUCAUGGAGUAGGGAAGGUGAAACCCGGCCGGCCGGGGAAAGGCGGCCGCCCCGAUGGCGCUGGUGACGGUGCAGCGCUCGCCGACCCCGAGCGCCACCUCCAGCCCCUGCGCUUCGGAGGCGGACAGUGGCGAAGAUGACCCCCGUUUCCAGCCCAGAAGCAUCAGCGAAAGCUUUCUCACCGUCAAAGGGGCCGCCCUCUUCCUGCCGCGUGGAAAUGGCUCCUCAACCCCCAGGAUCAGCCACCGGAGGAAUAAACAUGCAGGAGACCUCCAGCAACACUUGCAAGCCAUGUUCAUAUUGCUCCGUCCGGAGGACAACAUCCGGCUGGCUGUAAGGCUGGAGAGCACCUACCAGAACCGCACCCGCUACAUGGUGGUGGUCUCUACCAAUGGUCGGCAGGAUACUGAGGAGAGCAUUGUCCUGGGCAUGGAUUUCUCUUCCAACGACAGCAGCGUGUGCACAAUGGGGUUGGUCCUUCCGCUCUGGAGCGAUGCCCUCAUUCACUUGGAUGGCGAUGGGGGCUUCAGUGUCUCCACUGAUAACCGGAUCCACAUCUUCAAGCCGGUGUCUGUGCAAGCCAUGUGGUCUGCCCUUCAGAGCCUGCACAAGGCCUGCGAAGUGGCCCGGAUCCACAACUACUACCCGGGUAGCCUCUUCCUCACCUGGGUCAGCUACUAUGAGAGCCACAUCAACUCGGACCAGUCCUCGGUCAAUGAAUGGAACGCCAUGCAAGAUGUCCAGUCCCACCGGCCCGACUCCCCAGCCCUCUUCACCGACGUCCCCACAGAACGCGAACGGACAGAGCGUUUAAUCAAGACAAAGCUGCGGGAGAUUAUGAUGCAGAAGGACCUGGAGAACAUCACGUCGAAGGAGAUCCGAACAGAACUGGAGAUGCAGAUGGCCUGCAACUUGAGAGAGUUCAAGGAGUUCAUCGACAAUGAGAUGAUUGUCAUCCUGGGACAGAUGGAUAGCCCCACCCAGAUCUUCGACCAUGUCUUUCUGGGUUCAGAGUGGAACGCCUCCAACUUGGAAGACCUGCAGAACCGAGGUGUACGGUACAUACUGAACGUCACCCGUGAGAUCGAUAACUUCUUCCCGGGGGUUUUCGAAUACCACAACAUCCGCGUUUACGAUGAGGAGGCAACGGACCUGCUGGCGUACUGGAACGACACCUACAAAUUCAUCUCCAAAGCAAAGCAAAAUGGAUCCAAGUGUCUGGUUCACUGCAAGAUGGGAGUCAGCCGCUCGGCCUCCACGGUGAUUGCAUACGCCAUGAAGGAAUAUGGCUGGAACCUCGACCGGGCCUACGAUUACGUGAAGGAACGCCGGACUGUCACCAAGCCCAACCCCAGCUUCAUGAGGCAGCUGGAGGAAUACCAAGGCAUCCUCUUGGCCAGCAAACAGAGGCACAACAAGUUGUGGCGCUCUCACUCGGACAGCGAUCUCUCCGACCAUCAUGAGCCCAUGGGCAAAUCUGGAAUGGAGGUCAGCAAGAAGGAGAUCACAACCUCUGCUGACCAGAUCUCAGAGAACAAGAUCUCCAACUGCCUCCAACACGCGCCGGCGUUGCCGGGGCUCCCCACCAGCCCUCCCCUUGAACCCCUGUGCCAUUCCGGCCCCAAUCUCUUAGGAAACCUGUGCAACAAGGAGCGGGUGAUCCAGCUAGAGAUAUCGUCGAGAGACUACAACACCGAGCAGAUGGAGGACAAGUUGAACUUGAACAAUCUCAAUGGCUGCCCUUCCGGGUGUUGCUUGGACGACGCUUCGUUCCCCUUGGACAAUUGUGAUGCGUCAGAUGCCUUACUGCAGCAAGGAGGGGCCUUGGAGGUGGGCGCUGGAUUCCCGGACUUGGCGGUAGAGGAUUUGGAAAGCGACGCCCUCAAGCAAGGAGACGGGAACGUUCACUUGAUGCCCAUGGAAGAGCUGGAGUCUUGCUUGCGAGUCGUUUCUGAACAGAACUCUCCCAGCCCGCCAACGCCGGCCAUCGUGUCGACGCAACCCGAGGGGGAGGAGACCGACUUUGGGGCCGAUCGAAUCGACUUCUUCAGCGCCUUAGAGAAGUUUGUGGAGCUCUCUCAGGAGAGCCGGCCGCGAACAUGCUCCCAUUCCAGGACGGAGGAGCAGGUCAGCAACCGGAACGGCCUCUCCAGGAUCUCUGCCUUGGAGCUGUCGCCUUUGGAACCCACAGAGGAGGCUCGGCCAAGAAACAACUCUGCAGGCAACUCCCCACAGGCAUCGGAGGAAUCUUCUUUGGAGGAGGACCAGCUAAAGGUUUGCGGCCUGACGCGAUCCCAUUCGGAAAACGCCAUCUCGGUUAAAGAAAUAGUCACUGAAAUUGAGUCAAUCCACCAGGGAGCAGGCCAAGCGAAGACAGAUGCUUUGAACAACCCGGUUCCGGUACCAAAGAGAAACACCGUCCAUGAGUUACCUGCAGAAUCUAUAUGGACCUGGGAAAGCAAGCCUGGAAAAGCCGAGCCGGGCGAGGGAGGCAUCUCCAUCCCAAAAGAAGUGGUGAGAGACUUGCCUUUGAAACCAGAUCAAGAACUAGUUUCUGCCCCUCAGGUUCCUUCCAGCAAGCCAGACCCAGAAGAAAGCAGUGACUUGGCAGAAGGCCGGGCGGAGGGUCACAUUAACCGUGGACCAAAAUGGUGUCCGGGUUCAGUACGGCGGGCCACCCUUGAGUUUGAAGAACGCUUGAGGCAGGAGCAAGAGUUGCAGAACGCUUGCCCCGUUGCCGCCUUACCCACCCGGAAGAACUCUAAGAACGAAUCCACAGCAGCCGAUCUCUCUGUGAAGGGCAAGAAUGAAGAACCCUCUCAGGAGCAGGCCCAGCUCUCCAAGGAGGCCUCGAGAGCUGUCAGUGCUGGGAACAACGGGAGUCAUUCUGAACAGUCCACCGAAAGGCCUUCCUCUCCUUCCCUGUCGUCUGAACUGACAUGGUUGGCCAAAGAGCAGAGGACAAUGGUUUCUGUGGAAAGCCAAGAGAAGAGCUCUGCUCCUUGCCGCCUCCUUCUCCCCAAAAGGAUUGAGAUCAUUGAGUACACCCAUGCGGUCAGGACCCUGGACGUAACAACGGCAGACAGGAGUGGCACACAAGAGGCGUUGGAGAAAACCAAGGUGGGGGCAACCUCCCCUGUGGUGGAUGAAAAUUGCAAUGCUGCCUCCUGCUCCCAAGAUCUUGUAGAAGCAUCGCUUUCACUCAGACCCUCCGAGCUCAACAGUGGAAAUCUGAAGAAAGUGGUCUUCUCCUUGGGUAGUCCUGAGGAGCUAGCUAAGGAGGAGAAAACUCUGGGUACAGCUUCUUUGUGCACAAAGCAGGCAAGAUGUCCUCCUGUGCCGUGUUGGGACUGCCCGCCCCUCUUCCGCUUGGAGGGUGUCACUCGGGACAGCUCGAGCUCAGAUCCCGACCCAGCGCCCCGAAAGGGUUACGCCGGAAACGGACAGUUUGCCUUCAAGGAGCGAGGAGGUGCUCUACGCAGGGGGAGUGAGGGCACCUUGACGCACUGGAGCCAAGAGGACUUCGUUUCGCCUCGCACAUUGGGUGCCAUGGCGGCAGGGCGGCCCCCGGAAGCGUCGGCCACCUCCCCACUUUGCCUCCUCCUGCCCCGCAGAUUCAGCGGUGGCGAUCUCAAAGGCUCACAACGGCACGCCGAGGAGUCGGACACCCGGGUCCGGCAAGCAGGCCUCACCACCCCGUCCCACAUGAAGCGCUCCGCCUCCUUGGCCAAGCUGGACCGCCUGAACUUGUCGAAAGGUGACUUGUCCAGGAGAGACGCUCUCCCGGCGUUGGGAUACGGGGAUCCCGUCUCGCCUGCUAUCUUGUCGCCCCAACCCACAGUGCAUUUAAUGGAACCGCUCAAACUGACGGAGCGCAUUGCUCUGAGCAGCCCGGUGGAGAGGCCUUUGGUCCAAUACACCAAAGAGUUCAGUCCCUCCCAGACGCUCCCAGAUGCCAAAUUGACUAGCACCCAAACGGCUGCAGUGCCCUCAGUAUCCUCAGCUGUCCCAGCGCUCCCUCGGUAUCCACACAGUCGAACUCGACCCCCGAGAAGGCCGAGGAAAGCAAGCGACCGCAAACGUACCACCAACCCACUGUACAAUACUAUGUGAACUUGGGUCCUCUUUCUCCUUUCCCCUCAAAUUUUGGCAACUUCCUUGUUAUGUUCUUCAAAUGGGGCAGAUGUAAUAUAUAUUGAGACAUGCACUUUAUUAGUUAGGGUAAUUUUUUUAUAUUUCUCUCUCUUUCUCUCUAUGUUUGUUCAUUUUUACCGUUCCUGUUGCAUGUAGAUUUCGAGGUGGCCAGUUUCAUCGCAGUGUCCCCUCUUCUUCCCCAUGCAAGCGACUGAAAAUCACAGGGUUUUUCUUUUUAUGGUUUUUGAUAUUUUCAUAUUAAAAAAUGUUUUUUUGAAAUCGAUAAAUUUCAGUGAUGGGUUUUGGUUUUGAGGGCUUUGUCUUAAGAGAACAUUCUCCUUAAGAGAGGGGGGAAACCAGGUUUUUCCCAUCCUUUGUUCUGCAUUUUCCUUCCUCAUAUAGAGUUACGUGGUGCUAUUUGAGGCUCAUUUGUUUCAAAAUUCUGUCAAGUAGACAUUGGAAAGAUCAUAAGCAGCUCCAUGUUUGGUUUGAACUAUUUCUUUAUCUUGUUUCAUUACUCCUGCCUGAGAUUGUACAAUCCUAGUUGGGACACAGAGGGCAACAAUAUGGAUCAGAUUUGUGCCAAAAUUACCCUUAUUACUGUGGAUGAUCUGCCAGUUAUUUCAGCUUCUGGGUUUCCUUCUAAAGCAGGCAUGGGCAAACUUGUUUUUUGUGGACCAGGCUGGGAGGGAGUGGGUCCGGGCACACACUGUGUAGGGUGGGCCCAGGAACGGGCAGGGCCUAGGUUAUCCUCAGGUUGUCCUCCCAGCAUAAUCACCCUAUCCUUAUACUGGGAGAAAGGCAAGACACUCGGCGACUGCUCCGAUCCUCCCCCCCCCCCCAAUCCUCCUCUCAAUCCUCCUCCAAUCUUCAAGCUGUCCUCUUGGCAUUAUACCAGGAGGACAAGGCAGAUGGUGGCUGAGAGUGCUCCAGAGGGCUCUCAGCUGCAGCGUACCUCCCUUGAGCCACCCUCCUGGCAUAAGGAUGGGGCCGCUCACACCACGUUAAAAGGAGGGCAAGACACGAGGUGGCUGAGAGCGCUCCAGAGGGCUCUCAGCUGCAGUGUACCUCUCCCGAGCCAUCCUCCUGGCAUAAGGAUGGGGCCGCUCACACCAUGCUGAGAGGAGGGCGAGACACGAGGUGGCUGAGAGCACUCUGGAGGGCUCUCAGCUGCAGCGUACCUCCCUUGAGCCACCCUCCUGGCAUAAGGAUGGGUCCGCUUGCACCAUCCUUGUGCUGGGAGGAGGAUGAGAUGCGAGGUGGCUGAGAGCCCUCCAAAGAGCUCUCAGCUGCUGCAUACUUUCCUCGAGCCAUCCUCCUGGCAUAGGCGGUGACUGAGGGUGCUCCGAAGGACUCUCAGCCACCGCUUACCUUCCUGGAGCCGUCCUCCUGAUAUAAGGAUGAGGCCGCUCGCACCAUCCUUAUGCUGAGAGGAGGGCGAGACAUGCAGUGGCUAAGAGCAAUCUAGAGAGCUCUCAGCUGCUGCGUGCCUUCCUCCCUCGUCUUUUUAGCAUAAGGAUGCGGCAGACCACAGUAUUCUUAUGACAAGAGGACAAGGAAAAUGAGGAGGUAAUUGCUCAGGGGGCCAUAUCCAAUCCCCAGACCUUAGUUUGCCCGUGCUUGUUCUAAAGUCUCCUUGGACUGAACAAAUUCACUUGGAAAUCACAUCCUGGGAAGUCCACACACUUCCUGUCCUAGAUUAGAGAAUCAAUAAAAUCAAUUCGCAAAUUAAAAAAAGGCAGAUGACAGGCUUGCAAAGAAAAUAUACAUAUUAUCUUCCCCAGCCGAGCAAGUCUUUAUCAAUUCUGAUUUAGAGGCAGAGAAAAACUUUCGGAAGGAGCGUGUUCUCUUAAAACAAAUCUCUUUCUAUUUUUAAAGGGUUCUAUUUUUAAGAAACCCUUUCAUUACUUGAAUAAAACUGUGGGCCUUUAUGAGUUUGCUUUUUUUAAAAAAAAUGGAUUUCAAUUCUGCAACAACGUAGUUGUCCUUUGGGUUCUCCCCGAGUUACAAAUAGCUGUCAAGACGCCCUCCUUUCUGUUUGAGAGAAACUGACUCUAUAGAUAUAGAUAUAUAUAUAUAGAUAUAUAUAUAUUCUCUCCUCUGUCGUCCCUAUAACCUUUUGCCUAAAGAGUGCCCAUCAUUUCAACCCUUUGAGUCCAAAGAGGAAGGGGCAAAACAAUCUAUACUGUACAUAACAGAACCAAUGUAGAUAACUUUUAUUUUGGAAGGUCUUGUCUUUUCUUUUGCGGAAGAAGCUUCCCCUUGUAUCUCCGUCAUAAACUGGAAGUCCGGUUCCUCUUAAAUAUCUGAAUUAUGGCCAUGUCUCCAUCUCCUCCCCCCACUGCGUUGGUCUUGCUUUGUUUUGUUUUUGUGGGGAUGUUUUGUGCCAAAAUGUAUGCACUCUCUUAUUGAUCCCUCUCCUCAAAAUAUGUUCUGUUUCUGCUGAAUUUUCUAUUUACAUUACAAGGCCCCCCAAAAUAAGUUUUUAAAUAUAUGUGUGUAUGUGUGUAUGAUGCCCUCUUGGAAACAUCGGGCUAUUUUCACCUUGUUUUUGGGGGGCAUCAGAGCCAUUUUCGUCCCUCUUUAAGAACAGGAAUUUCUCCUCUCAGCCGAAAAACAUGGCCGAAAUAGCUUCUCACACUCCUAAAAGGCGUUUAGGUUUCUUUAGGGGGGGUUUAUGGGGGGUACAGUCCUCCAUUUGGGGGGAUAAUGGAAGGUGCAGUGCUCUAUUGUGACCCCUUUGCCUUCCUAAAUUGCCCACCUUGGUCAUCAUCCGUUUUUCUAUUGUUUGGGCAUUUGCUACUUUUCACAGCUUUCCACUCUCUUUCCUUGGAAGUGUUUUGUGGCCAUCUGUUUGUUAGGAAUCUCCUAUGGAAUUCAUGGUCCACCCCUCCUUUAUUUUCCCUUUCUUGUCCCUUUUUUGCUGAGGGUGAAUGGCUUUCAUAUUGGAGCAGGACGGGAAAAAGCUCUCCGCAUCUCACCAAGGCCUCUGAAAGCCAAAUCUGUGCCUUUCCGUUCUUCGGUUCCUUUUCUUGGGCAUGAGGGAGGCUUUAGGGGGGUGUCCUUAUAAGUCUCUUCCGGAAAACAAAACCCCAGUCUCUCUUUCUAUACUUUCUGCAUCCAUCUGGAUCCCAAAAUCGAAACUGGAACGCCAAGUUGCCAUCUUAACACCCCGAGUUAGAUCCGUUUGCAGGGGAUGAUGAGUUACAAUUGUGCUGCUGUUCUUUUUCCAAUGGGCAUUCUUCAAGACUGGCAUGGAUCCUUCCUUCAAAGCCAUGAAAACCUUUGUUUGCAGAUGACUUCCGCUUAGCCCUCUUUGACCCUCCAUUUUCCCCCUUUGUUCGCAGGUGACUUCCGCUUUUUGUUCUAUGACUCGCCAUUUCCUUCGUUUGUUUGUAGAUCUUGCUUCUCCCUCCGUUUCCCCCAUUUUCUCCUCGUACUGUAAAAUCCUCGAAACAACGGGCCUUGCACAAAGAGCCAUGUGUGUGUUUAUGUGGGUGAAUGACUGUGUGUGUGUGCACAAAGUAUUAAUUGUAUGUGUGCAUAUAUAUAAAUAUAUAGAUAAUAUUUUCUAUAUCAUCCAUUUCUCCUUGACUCGUGCAUCAAAAGCUCCUAUCUUUAUGUGAUGGUGCGUUCUCUCUGGAUUUUUGUUUGUUUUUAAAACCUGGAAAAUGGGGUCUUUCUAUACCUCUGCUAUUAACCCCCCUGUUACAUUCUCCUCUUUAUGUCCUCCCCUUUGGGUGGUCAGCCACGCCAUAAAGGCCCACUCCGGUGCCACUAUGUCUUGAGCCAAGAUGGGAAAUUGCCCCAAAACUUCCUUCCGAAAUCCCAUAGCGUGUACCGCCUCUGGAACCUGGCACCAAGGGCUUGAACCCGCCUUGAACUCCCCUUUUCAAGCCCAAAUGUCUCUUUCCUGAACCCCUAAGGCCUUCAUAGCAGGUCAGAAGCAAUGGGUUUUGUACCCUCCAACUGGAAUAUCGUCACUUUGGACAACAGUUUCUCGUUAUUAUGGGGCUUUGGUGCCUUCUUCCAACAAACCUGGGGUCCUGGCACUUCUUUUUUGGGGGGCAAAUUCUUGACACAACGGGGCAGAACCCCUUUUUCUUUCUUCCUUGAACAUAUCCUACCCAUAACAUUGCUCUUUUCCCUUCCUGACAGUGGCUUGUUGUACCAUAGACUUGGACCGACUCGAUUUUGAGCUGUUUUUCAAUGUGAGUUCUCUCUCUCUCGCCCGACGGGUGCUGAUUCAAUGUUCUUGUUACGGAAUAAAUCUUUAUUUUGAGAAAA